UCAGCAAGUUAGGCCAAGAAAAGUUGAUCUUUUGGUUAGCAUGUCCAUUUGCAUUUGUCUUGUGGCUAAUGUACUUUCAGUCAACAUUUUGAGCAUCCUCUUUCCUCGUAUAAUUUGUCCUCAUAGCAAAAAUAUUAUGCCUAUUAGUAUUUUGACAACUCCUAAUUGUAUAUUAUAACCCCUCACAAUAUUCUAGUUGAUGCCACAAAGUUUUCUCUGAGACUUUUAAAUAUUUUGUUAAAAUUAGAUAGGAGGAUUGAAAGAUGGAUAAGGAUUUAUGUGUUUUUUUUGCAAAUUUGUAAACAAUUAUAUUACUAAAAGCAUGACACAUCAACUUUUUGGGCAUGAUAUGCUAAACAGAAGAUCAAUUUUUCUUGUCUUAACCAUAAAAUUUGCAAAUUUCCUAAAAGUUUCCUUGUGUGAAAGUCAUCCUGAUGUUGUGCACUUGUCAUUCCUUAAGCCUACUUAUUUUUGUGUGUAUGUGUAAAGGUUAGCAAUCAUAUCAUAAAAGUAAGGUUUACUGCUUUGUGAAAUUUUGUUAUUAGAUAUUAGUUAAAAAAAACUAUUCUCAACAUCCACAGAAAUAACACAAAAUUAUAGCAUGUCAUAAAUGGCUGAUCAUCAAGAAAAUGCAAAACCAGGGCCACCACAUCGUCCACCACCACCCAAGAUAUCUUUGCCACCACAGCACAAAACACCACCUUCUUUAAAGAAACACAUGGAACAAAUUCAACCACUCUCUCCUUGUAAAGUACGUUGGUUUUAUCUGGAAGAGAAGAAAUGGAUCCCAUUUAAUGGGCGUGAUUCAUUAGAAAUAGAAUAUGUUUUUAGAUCACUACCAGAAGAAUUUCAGUCACCGCUGAUAAUUCCCAACAAGACAGAGAGCCAAAUUAAUAUUGAACGUCCCACUGUACGUGGAUCAUUGUAUGAAGUGGAUAUUCUAGAUCGUGAAUGCUCCCCUAUCUACUGGAAAGAAAGUGCAGUUUCAAUCAGAAGAGGAACAUGGUUUAAAGGUAAUAUGCCAGGAAACCUGGAGCCUAUGGAUGAAAAGGAAGCAAUAAAGGUUGAAGAAGGACAUAUUCAUGUUUAUCGUUUGAUGGGCAGAGGUGCUAUAGAGAGUUCUCCAGCUUCUCAGAAUGUUAUCCAUCAAAUAAAAAUUGGAGUGAAUCGAGUUGAAUGGCAUGACAUAUCUGAGGUUUUUAUUAUCAGUGAAACAACUGGAUCAAGAUUGGCGCAAAAGAUCGGAAUCAGCGGUCAAUUGCCACUACAGAGAGGCUAUGGAAAAGAAAGUACAUCAGAUGACACUCCUGGAGAUAUUACACAUAUUGUCUUUCUUGUACAUGGUAUGGGUCAGCUGUAUCACGGACAAGGAGGAAUUGUGCAUAGCAGGAAGAAAUUCUCAGAAGCGAUCGAAAAAGGAAAAAGGAGGUUUUUUAAAGACAUCGAUGGCAACGGAACACGCGCGGAGUUCUUUCCCAUAGAAUGGAGAACGAAGCUCAAGUUGGAUGAAGGUAUGAUUGAGAAGAUCACGCCACCAAAUCUUGGUAGCCUACGUAAAGUGAUCAAUGAUACAACAUUAGAUGUGUUUUAUUACACGAGUCCUUUCUACAGAGAAGAAAUCAUGCAAGCAAUAAGACAUGAGUUGAAUAUGGUCUACACGCAGUACACUUCACGUAACCCCUCAUUUGAACAAAAUGGUGGGAAAGUAUCAAUCAUAGCGCAUUCAUUGGGAAGUGUCAUAAUACACGACGUCCUUACGCUAUGGAAUUCUUACUUGAUGGAGAAAGAUAAAAAGAACGCAGAUGUUCAAGUUGCCGGGGGUGAAAGAUCUUAUUCUUGGUUUUGGGGUUGGGGCAAAGAGAGAUUGACAGAUCAACCGACUUCUUCUGAAUCAGCUGGUAUUAAAGACAUUGAACAAGACUUGAAAGCGCAGUUACACGAAGCGCGAUUGAAAGUUGCAAAAGUUGAAGCUCAAAUCUCUGGAGCGGGAAAAGAAAGCGUGCAAGAAAACGAAUGUUAUUCGUUAAGGUUCAAAGUGGAGCACGUUUUCAACAUUGGUUCUCCCCUCGGUGUGUUUUUGAUCAUGCGGGGUAUCCGUCCCCGCGAUGAUGUUGAGCAACACAUUCUACCAGCUAGUGUGUGCAAGCGAACGUUCAAUAUUUACGAUCCUGCCGAUCCAGUGGCUUACAGAUUAGAGCCUGUAAUUUAUGACUAUUACUCCUCCAUACCGCCUGUUCGAUUAACUCAUGUAGAUGGUACACUUGAACCGAAACAGAAAAUAAAACCACCCCAAGGUGGAGGGUGGUUAAGAUCAUUGUUUGGUUCAAAAGCAGCUGCAACGGCAAACGAACCUAUUGAAUAUCAGAGUAAGGAGGAAGGAUCUAACGUUGACCUUCCCAAGGCUGCACAGUUUGAAAAAACGGGAGAAAUUUUGAAAGGGAGAAAAGAUUUAAAGCAUCGGCUGGACUACGUUUUGGAAACUUCUAUGGUCGAAUAUUUCUCAGCAAUUACAUCGCAUCAGGCCUACUGGCAUAGUCUGGAUUUCGCAAAAUUUGUGUUGCAAGCUAUUUACUCAGACGAUGUUGGUGAGAAUCAGACUGAAAGUGAGAAACCUUAACACUGGCGUCACCGUGUAAAAGAGGCACGAAAAUCUUCAAUAUAACCUGAACAGAUUACUCUAACAACGCAAUCUGGUUUGAUUAAGAACCUUGGAAAUCUGACUUAUUUUUUGUAAACUAAAAACGCAAUGUUAAGAAAUGUGUAUAUUUAGUUUAAACUUUACAAAAGUAGUAUUUCGCAUAUAAAUAAGAAAAGAAUGCGAACUUUCUUUCAUAAAGUUAGGUUGGGUAUGUUAUUCAGUUAGGGCGGGUGGGUGAAUUAUUCGGCUAAGUCGCUAUAAGAAAAUAUUUUGAAUGGGUAUGAAUAAGUUCAAUUAUUGCUUAACGCAACCAGGAUUAUUGUUUCAUUAGCGCGCAAUUGAAACCAACCCUUAGCAUUGGGUAAUUUUUCGAAGAUUUUUAAACAAUUGGCGCCAUGUUUCGUAUUAAUUUAUGCAUUGUGUUAAUAUAUAUUCUGUUCUGUACUAUACGAAGCCACAUUUACAUCAAAUUUUUUAACCGAAACCAAAAAUAUAUUAGAGAACUGAAGUACCCAUCCUUAAUGGAGAGGCGAUUUUACGCAUCGAAGCGCUUGAAAGGCUGAGUCAUGCCAGAGACUAUAAAAGUGUGAAUCUAUCCUUUCUGCUUAUCGUUCAAAAUGAGAAUAGGAUAAGACUGUUGUCUAGUUAAGUGAUAUCUGUGCGACUUUGGUAGCUCAAAUGGGAGCUUUAAGUACAAUAAGACCCCCUUCGCAAGACCUUUGAUAGGAAUAGGAACUGAAGAGGCUCUCUUGGGAAAACAAUUUCAAUAAAAAUUGCAAUUAUCCUUAGACUGACAAUGGGAAAAGUUGUCAAACACUCAGUGAUUGAAAAAAGUUUAUAUACCUAAAACAUUUCUACGCGCGAUAAAUGCAUUUUAAGUGCGUUUUCCAAACGUUUAUUACAAAUGCAGUCGUCUGACACAUUUACAAUCACUUUUUGUCUGUUGAUUAGAGGAAACCCAUGACCAAUCUUGUUAGUUAAGUUAAAAUAUUUUUUCGUGGGUAGUAGAACGAUGAUUUCCAAAAAGGAUCCGAUGAUUAUUUCGGUCAUUGGUUCCAACACCAAAUGUAUGAUUCCUCACUGUCCCUGGCAUAGAUGUCACGCGACAAGGUAUUUUCAAUACCCCUUGAAACACAGGUGACUUUCUGUAGUGUGUUGAAAAGCUGAGGAUUCUUUGAAUUAUGAAGAGGGAUAUACAUCCACGAUGCUAAGAAACUCGGAAGUUAAUCAGAUCACGAAGUGGAAAUAUAUUUAGUAUUUUGAAAGAUGAUAUGGAAGAUAUAUAAACUAAAAGUAUAUAUGCUAAAAUUAAUACAAUACAAAAAACAUACUCACCGGAA